AUGCGAACUCGCUCUUCAGGGAACGAAGGAUUAGAACCUUUUAACCCAGAGAUCGAAAAGCGAGCCAAGCUCUUAAGGAAACAGGUUAGGAUGGCGAACAAUGGGAAUCAGAACAAUCCGGCUCUCGGUGGAGAGGGAGUCAACCAACCACUACGCAUUGGGAGGCCCAUUUCAGAUUACGUUGCUCCAGAUGCAGCGGGACAUGGAAGUAUCAAUGUGCCAGGGGUUGAUGCUAAUAAUUUUGAGAUAAAACCGGCUAUAAUUCAGAUGGCUGCUUCGGAUCCUUUUGGUGGGUCACCAACGGAAGACCCUAAUGCUCACAUUGCAAAAUUUCUGAGGAUUUGCAGCACUUUCAAAAUUAACGGAGUCCCGGGAGAUGCUAUCAAGCUUCGCCUCUUUCCAUUCACUGUAAGGGACAAAGCUAACAGUUGGCUUGCCUCUUAUCCGGCGAAUUACUUUGAAACUUGGGACCAGUUGCACAGAGAGUUCCUUAAGAGAUUUUUUCCCAUAUCCAAGACUCAGAAAAUGAGGAGAUCUAUUCAGAAUUUCAGACAGUUAGCUGGUGAGUCGUUGGCAGAGUCAUGGGAGAGAUUCAAGGAGAUGAGGAUACAAUGUCCUCAUCACGGUAUUCAGAAUUGGGAUUUAAUGAUGGCCUUCUAUGAGGGACUACUGGACAAUUCAAAAAUCCUAGUCGAUGCUUCAUCGGGAGGAUCAUUUACAAUCCUAGAGCCAGAUCAAGCUGAAGAAUUGUUGGAAAAGGUUGCGAUGAAUGGGACGACUUGGUAUUCAGAGAGAUCUCCCCAGAGGUUGAUAGGAGGCGUGUCUGAAGUUGAUCAGAUAUCCGCUCUAUCGGCUAAGUUCGACAAUGUGGCCACUUUAGUUCAGCAGUUGGCUCAGAUUACUAUCAAGAAUCAAGCUUCGGGUUAUGAUUUUAAAGCUCCUACGCCUUCAAGACCUGUACUGAUGUGUGAGUUGUGUGGAGGAGAGCACAAUUCAGAGGAGUGUCUCAGUGUUGAUUCUCAAGCUACAAUGGAGCAAGUUGAUGUGGUAGGGUAUGGUGGUGUUCAACCGGCAUACCAGCAACGAGGAACCUACAAUCCGAAUGCAUCGAGGAAUCAUCCUGGUUUCUCUUGGGGUAAUCCAGCUGGGGCGGCUAAUCCCCAGUACUUAAACAAUAGAAGUCAACCACCAGGAUUUCAGGGGCAGCAAAAUUUUAGAGGAAAUCAUCAACCGCAAUUCAGGCAGAACCAAGGAUAUCAGGUUCCAGUAAAUCAGUCCAAGCCUAAUGCGGAAGCACCAGUCCAGUCGAAUAUGGAAUUAUUAUUGGAAAAACUGGUUAAAGGUCAGCUGGAGGUUACAGAGAGGUUGGAUCGGAUGGACACUCGCCAAAAUAUGUUUGAAAAUCAGCUAGCGAAUCAACCAUCUAUAUCAAGUACUAAAGUCACUGGUAAGUUGCCAGCUAUGCCCGAACAACCAAGAGAACACAUGAACGCUGUCACCACUAAGAGUGGGAAGCAAUUAUUGGACCCACCGUAUCCAAAUGGGGAACACGAGGUCAGGAAGAAUCUAGGGGUUGAAAAUGAGAAAGUGAAUGAGGGUGUUAUUGCUCAAGAUAAGGAGGAUGAGAUACAAGAAAUUGAACCCGCAAAGAAGCAUACACCACCUCUACCCUUCCCACAAAAAUUCCAGAAAUCUAGGGAAGAGGAAAGAAGAGCAAACUUCUACAGUUUGAUCAAGCAACUGGACAUCACCAUUCCUUUUAUUGAUGCUGUGACCGAGAUUCCCUCGUAUGCUAAGUUCUUGAAAGAGAUUUUAUCCAACAAGAGGAGAGCUGAGAAUCGUGAGACAGUGGCAGUAAGUGAAGAAUGUAGUGCUUUAAUUCAAAACAAGCUUCCUCCAAAACUUAGGGAUCCAGGGAGUUUCUCUAUCCCUUGUGUUAUCGGAGGAUCACUUGUUCAAAAGGCUUUAUGCGACUUAGGGGCAAGUGUGAGUUUGAUGCCUUAUUCUUUGUGCCAAAAGCUGCAACUUGGAGAGCCAAAGCCUACAUCCAUAACUCUUCAGUUGGCAGACAGAUCAGUGAAAUAUCCUAUCGGAAUUCUGGAGGAUGUGCCAGUGAAGAUUGACAAAUUUUACAUUCCGGGAGACUUCGUGGUUUUAGAGAUGGAAGAAGAUGCUAAAAUUCCUAUUAUCCUUGGGAGGCCAUUCUUGGCAACCGCUGGAGCUAUAAUCAAUGUCAAAAAAGGAACUUUAGUUCUUGAGAUUGGAGAAGAUAAAGUUGAAUUUAAUGUUUUUGAAUUGGCUAACAAAUCAUCUUGUCUUGAUUCUUGCUUCUAUGUAGACGAAAUCGACUCAUGUGUUGCGACUUAUGAGAGGGGUAAAUGGAUCUCCAAUGACCCUUUAUAG